UCAAGUGUUGAUUCAAGUUGCACUUUCGUAUUUGGUAAAAGACGAAAGAACAAAUGAAAUGUCUAUGACUCGUUUAUACGUUACCAACGUGCACAUCGCUUCGCAAGAAUAAUGAAACGAAGGAUUUAUUUGCGCCGCAAGGCUGCAUGGGAACGAGACGACCCGGAAGAGACGUUCAGCAUAGACUCUGCCAACAGCGUAUGUGGAUCGGGCAUAGAAGAACCAUCUGUAGAUUCAAUGAGUCAAGAGUCUGCCCACGGACAAGGCAAAAACAAUGAGCACGUUAGUGUUCACACUGAAGCAUCUAGUUUCACCCCUCCCGUCCAAAAUGAACCUGUCAAUCAACAAAAUGUUGGGAAUAACCCAAACGCUGGUGGUCAACCCGACCUUGUGAUCCCAACUUUUCUGGCUAAUGUGUUACAACAAAUAGCCAACGCGCCAAUGUUUCAACCACCUCCACCACCGCCACCUCGAGUAAUAACCUACAAAACUCUAAGGGAUAACGGUGCAGAAUUAUUCCUUGGGGAUCGCAUCGGUGAACCCCAAAUUGCGUGGGAUUGGAUCGAGCAGACUACUCGAGUGUUGAAGGAUCUCAACGUACCUCUGGACAACUACCCGCGACUGGCUUCUCAACUGCUGCGCAAUGAAGCCUACGAGUGGUGGAAAAGAACCGAUGAGAGUGCGGGAACCCCUAAGCCGUGGACAUGGACACAUUUCGAUUGGGCAUUCAAGCAAGAAUACAUUCCGAAACGUUUUAGUGAGGAAAAACGUAAGGAAUUUGUGGAGCUGGAACAAGGAAACAUGACACUCCCUGAAUACCGUCAGAAGUUCACCAAACUUGCAAAGUUUGCGCCAACCUUGGUGAGUACCCCAACCGAUCACAUUGAGGAAUUCAGGACGAAACUUCGACCUGACCUGAGGUCACGAGUGUCCGUCUUAACCACCGUGGAUUUCGCAGAGGCCUACGAGAUCAUAGCCAGGGCGGAUAGUGACCUGAAUGCUUGCAUAGAGUACCUAAAGGCAAACAAUGCUGGCCCAAACACUUACCAUCCCACUAAUUCUGCCUCAAAAGGAAAAAGGCCCUUCCAGGAAUCUAGUAACUCACAUUUCUCUAAAAAGGGAAAAUCUAUGCAAACUCAAUCGAUGGCAUCCGUUGAUAGAUCCAGGAAGCGAAAGUAUCCUGCUUGCGAACACUGUGGAAGGAACCACCUUGGAGAGUGUUGGUUGAAACAAGGGUUGUGCCUUGGCUGUGGAAAACGAGGACAUUUCAAAAAGGAGUGCCCUACAAACCCUGGAGAACCAUUUCCAUCUGCUCCUGUUGCUAGCCAGUCUGCAUCAACACGACCCGCACCAAGUCAACGCUCAACAGCAGGGUCUAAGCCAGCCAAGAAUCAGAACCCACAACAGGGACGAGCUCCUGCUCGUACAUAUGCAAUGAAGGCACGAACUGAGGAAAACCCUGACGUCAUUCAAGGGGUGUUUGGGUCUGCUUUUAUUACCAAUUCACUUCACAACAUCUAUACUUUCAUUGCAUUCAAAUAUCAUCAUUUUCCAUAGCUUUCUAGAGCCAUUUUUGUGUGAAGGUUGAGUUGUUCUUGAGCGUACUUAGUUUACUCAUAAUCUACUCUAUAAGAGAGUCUUGUUCUUGAGUGUACUUGUGUUCUUAGACACGUUGAGAGAUAGUAUCUCUCUCGGUUGAUUCAAAGGAAGGUCUGUUUCCUUUGAAGGAUUCGU